AUGGCUGAAGCCGAGAAUUUCGAGGAAGAUCUCUUCGCUGACCUGUACACCGAAGAUGAUAACGCCGCAAACCCAUCAGAGGCAGUGGCCGAACCUACUGUCCAACCAUCAGCCCCAACCACAGAAACCAAAGCUGAAAUACAAGCCGAACAGGAUAUUGAACAAAAUCCACAAAAUGGAGAUGGAGAUGGAGAUCAACAAAUGUACAAUGGUGAACAAGAUGUGGAUGAGGACAUAGAUUUCAAUCUGGGAAGCGGGAAUGGCAAUGGGGGUGGUUAUGAUGCUCCUUCGGCCAGGGAUGAAGCACAAGGACCAGGUAUCAAGGAAGAUGGUAAAAUGUUCAUUGGUGGAUUGAAUUGGGAAACGACAGAUGAAUCAUUGAAGGAUUACUUCUCACAAUUUGGUGAAGUACUCGAAUGUACUGUUAUGAGAGAUGGUGCCUCUGGUCGAUCUCGAGGAUUUGGAUUCCUGACAUUCAAAGAUGCCCGGACUGUCAAUAUUGUCAUGGUUAAAGAACAUUACCUUGACGGCAAAAUAGUAAGACCCGAUCUCAAAACUUUUAACAAUUCUUUACGCUCUUAUCCUUCCAAAAUUCUCCCAUUGGCUUCAAAAGGCACUCACUCACAUUCAACUUUUAAGAUUGAUCCCAAACGCGCUAUUCCCAGAGACGAGCAAGAACGUACAAGCAAGAUUUUCGUUGGUGGUGUCAGUCAGGAUGCUUCCGAACAAGAUUUCAAAGAGUACUUUACACAAUUUGGACGAGUUGUAGAUGCCACUCUUAUGAUGGACAAAGACACUGGUAGACCACGAGGAUUUGGAUUCGUCACAUUCGAUAGUGAAGCCGCUGUUGAAGCAUGCUUGGAGGCUCCACUCGAAAUUCAUGGAAAGCCAAUCGAGGUCAAGAAAGCCCAGCCUCGAGGCAACAUACGAGAAGAGGAAGAAACCAGGGGGCCACGAGGCAGUCGAUUCAAGAAAGGAGGAAACCCCAAUGAAGAAUUUCAGAAUUCUAAUCAACAGCAACAAGGUGGCCAGAUGAAUGUCCCAGGUGGUAUGACUCCUCAAUUAAUGGCUCAAUAUUGGCAGCGCAUGCAACAAUAUUUUGCACUGAUGCAACAACAAAUGGCCAUGGGCGGGGGGCGAGGACAAAUGCCUGGUGGAAUGCCCGGUGGCAUGAAUCCUGCCAUGAUGGCCCAAAUGGCUCAGAUGCAGCAAAUGCAACAAAUGCAACAACAAAUGCAAGGGGGAGGUGGUGCUGGCGCGCGUAGUCAAAGUCCUCAAAGUCCAACAGCUGGAAUGGCGGCAAUGGCUAGUAUGAAUCCAGCUAUGAUGCAACAGAUGCAGCAAAUGCAACAAAUGCAAAUGCAACAGGCCAUGGGUGGACAAGGAGGUAACUUUCCGGCUGGAGGUGGGAGUAACCCAGGUGGUCGAAUGGGUACGCCUGGCUACAAUGCCUAUGAACAAGGCCUCUUCGAGCAACAAAAGUACGAACAACAACAAAUGAGACGUGCUCAACGCGAACAAUCUCAAUAUGGAGGCGGCGGUGGUGGCGGUGGAUAUGGAAUGGGUGGAGGUGGUGGUGGACCAACUUCUUGGGAGGGUAUGUAUGACGAUGUUCCUCAGCCAGGCAGUGGUGGUGGUGGCGGAGCUCGUGGUGGAUUUGGUGGAAGAGGUCGUGGAGGUGGAGGUGGAGGAAGUGACAGGGGAUCUGCUCCUCCUGCGGCCGCACCAAAUGCUCCUGCCGGUGCUCCGACAGGUCCGAAGAAUGCUGGAAAGCCUGGUGCGAACUAUAGGGGUGGUGGAAGGGGUGGCAAUAGAGGCUUUCAUCCUUAUGCUAGGGGAUGA